AUGAUCACUCGCAAGCUUGCUGCCGCGUUGGCUGCGGGGUGCACAGCGGUCAUCAAACCGCCCCCGGAGACUCCUUUCUCAUGCCUUGCCCUCGUUGAACUGGCAAAUCGUGCAGGUGUUCCACCGGGCGUUAUCAACGUCGUAACGACACAGGCGAACGUGAACGACGUCGGCCGCGAGAUGUGCGAGAACGUCGCUGUGAAAAAGGUUUCCUUCACCGGCAGUACGAACGUCGCACGCCUGUUGUACCGCAUGGCUGCUAGCACAAUCAAAAAGGUAUCAAUUGAAGCCGGUGGAAACGCGCCAUUUAUUGUCUUCGAUGAUGCGGAUGUCAAUGCAGCGGUCGAAGGUGCUAUUGUCUGCAAAUUCCGUGGUAGCGGCCAGACCUGCGUAUGUGCGAAUCGCAUUUAUGUGCAGUCGUCCAUCUACGCAGACUUCGCCUCGCGUCUGGCAGAAAAAGUCGCAGCGUUCAAAGUCGGAAACGGACUUGAGAGCGAUACGACACACGGUCCAUUGAUCCACGAGCGUGCCCUGGAAAAGGUCAAGCGGCACGUCGAUGAUGCUAUUGAACGGGGCGCUCAGCUUGUGAUGGGCGGAUCCCGCGUCCCUGGCAAGGGCACUUUUUUCGCACCGACAGUUCUCUCGGACGUGCCCGCCGACGCGCUGGUCAAUACCGAGGAGACGUUCGGGCCGCUCGCAGCCCUGACGCGCUUCGAAACUGAGGAUGAAGUCAUACGACUGGCGAACAACACAUCUGUCGGUUUGGCAGGCUACUUUUACUCGCGGGAUGUGGGCAGGGUGUGGAGGGUUGCGGAGGCGCUGGAGGUAGGUAUGGUGGGCACGAACACUGGGCUUAUUAGCCAGGCGGUCAUUCCGUUCGGCGGCGUCAAAGAGAGUGGGCUUGGUCGCGAAGGAAGCCACGGCAUCGAGGAGUACAUGAACACCAAGUUCAUUGCCUUCGGCGGAUUGUAA